CGUAGGACUCAAGUCCACACAGCUUCAGAAUCGCGAAUUCCUCCAACCUCUCGAUCAAGAUGGAAAGAGAAACUGGUAGAAUGUGCUACUGGUAUUCGGUUAAUACUGCGUGCUGCAUCGACCCCGCCUUCCCAAACAUAGCUAGGCUGUGUAACUUCAGGCAGCCAGUCACCACGUUGUAUUUAAUCUGUUUUCCGGCCUUGCGACUGUUGUCUCCUCUUUCUCUUUUCUCCUCUUGAAUCUGCUUACAUCGUGAGACCAACAAGCAGGUUUUGAGAAGUGUUUGGAGAAUUCGGAAUUCCAACCCCUUUUUUGCUUACCUCAUUCAAGUUACCCCUCCUCUCGGCCCACUUGACGCUAUGCCUACAGUUGUCAUCAAGCCUGGUGCUACUGUCUUCGUGACGGGUGUCAAUGGGCUUAUCGGAAGCCAUGUUGUCGAUCAGCUGCUGAAGCGAGGAUACAAUGUUCGUGGUGCGGUCAGACAAGUCCAGAAGCACGGAUAUCUGAUCGAGUACUUCAACGAUAAGUACCAAGAAGCGAAGUUCGAGCUGGUCGAUGUGCCGGAUAUGACUGCUGGGGGAUGCUACGAUAAGGUCGUCAAUGGUAUCGAAGGAUUCAUCCACGUCGCAUCACCCAUCGGAGGCAUCUCAGAUGUCCACGAAGCGAUCGCGCUAGCUACUAACGCAGGCCUGAAUGCACUCAAGGCUUGCGCAAAGGUCCCUUCGUGCAAAAGCUUCGUCUUUACAUCAUCUUCCCUUGCUGCAACGUUCCCCCACCCCAAUGUUGAGUUUUCAAUCGACGAAAAUACCUACAACGACGAAGCAUUGAAGAUUUUGGAGAAAGAACCGGGUAAACCAGGAUUGUUCGUCUACGCAGCCAUGAAGACGGAGACUGAAAAAGCGAUAAUGAGAUGGAUGGAAGAGAAUCAACCCGAUUUCGUACUCAACCGCGUCUUGCCAAACGCAAACUUCGGCGCUGUCUUGAUUCCUGAGCACCAAGGCUUUCCGUCAACCAUCGAAUGGGCCCACGAUGCUUGGAAAGGCAUACAGUCAGAGAGAUGGACAACUUCCGUUGGACCACAGUGGUACAUUCAUCCUGUCGACGAUGCACUUCUGCAUAUCUCCGCAUUGAUCCAUAGCGAUGUGAAAACGGAGCGUCUCUUCGGUUUCGCAGAGCCGUGGAGCUACAACAAGAUGAUGGACAUAUGGCGUAAGCUUUAUCCCGAGAGAGAAUUCCCGGAUAACAUCGAGGGCAUGGGUGUUGAUCGGAUGAGCUUGCCAAACGCCAGGGCUGAGGAGGUGAUGAGCUGGUUGAAAGGACCGGGAUCGGGAUGGGAUAGUCUUGAGAAGGGAUUGCGGGAGAUGACUGAGAACUGGGAUUGAGCGAGCUUCCUUCUUUGUAUGUUUGCCAGUUUAGGUGAUGCUCAGGUCUUGUCGCUCCAUUGGUGGAAUGCAUGGUUUUGGUCGCCACACAUACUCCAGCUAUCCA